AUUAAAUAAUUAAAUUAGUUAAUAAAUAAUAUUUAAAACUUAUUAAUUCAAGCCCAUGCAGAAAAAGUUAAAUAGCACAAAUUAAAUCUUAUUAAAUAUUAGAUGACUAAAUUAAAUUUUAUAGUAUAUGCAUUUCAGUCUCAAAAUUAAAAAAAAAUAAAAAUCAAACUAAACUUAUUUAAAAAAAUAAAAAUAGAAGCUAUAUUCUUGGCCUAGCUAGCUAGAUAUUCUACACCAUCCAUAGAAAAAUUGGACCGGUUUUAGUUCGUAAUUUAAGUGAAUCUACUUUGGUUUCAGUUUACGGUCGGAUUAAAUUGAGAAGGAAAAAAAGUUAACUUGGUUGAAAAAGAUCGGACACAUGGAUGAACAGAGGAAGAGCUCUGUUCCGUUCCACUCGCACAAAAUAAUUCUGAAAGGUCAGUUGCCGCCAGUAAAGUAACCGCAAAAAGGACAAAACAUAAACACAGUCACAUCUUUCCAUUUUCUUUACUUAUAAUUCUCACUUUCUUUCCUUCUCUAUCACUCUCUCUUUAUUUUCCCAGUCUUCCUUUGUUACUUUCUUGGAUCUCUCUCUCUCUCUCUCUCUCUCUCUGCCUUCUUAACGGUCACAUUUCCAGUACACUCUCUUCUUUAAUAAAAGAAAAAAACCCUCUCCAAUUUCUCACUUCAAAUCCGUUUCUUUAUUUUUCUAUUUAAAUACACACACUCAAAUCUUUACUUUACUACAGCGUAAGCAGUUUCUUGAUCUUUUAAACAUGUCUGGCACCUCUGUUUUCUUGCUUCUACUGCUCUUGUCUCUUCCAUGUUCUUUAAAGGGUCAACAGAACGGCAUCGUUGGACAAAGGGAUCUAUGGUGUGUGGCAAAGAACAACGCUGAUGAUCAGUCGCUGCAAUCGGCGAUUGACUGGGCUUGUGGUCCUGGUGGAGCAAACUGUAGUCCUAUUCAACAAGGAGGACCCUGUUAUGACCCUAAUGAUAUCCAAACAACUGCUUCUUGGGCUUUUAAUGAUUAUUACUUGAAGAAUGGUUUGACUGAUGAUGCUUGUUUCUUUAGUAAUACUGCUGCUCCUACUUCUUUAAACCCUAGUCAUGGUAAUUGCAAAUUCCCUUCCAGUUCAUCAGUGAAGAAUGGCACCAUUUCUGGUUCAACAACAACAAUAUCGACUGGAAUGGGGCCAGACAGUGCAGAUUUGAGUGGAUGCAGUCAGAUUGCAGGCACAUGGUUUUGGCCCAUAGUCACCAGUAAUUUGUUUGUCACACUUGCAAUGAUAAUUGGGGUAUAGUAGAGAGCUGAUUUUGAUUCUUUAUUCAUGUAAGCAAGUAGUUUCAAGUUUUUUUUUUGUUUUUUUUGGUAGUUUUAACUUUGAAGUGAAAGUGUUGAGGGAAAGGCAAAGGCUUUGUGCUCUUUUGUUAAGAAGAUAGGAAAUUAGUACUGAUCCAGGCCAGAUUUCUUAUUCUGUAACUUCAUGGAAUCAUCAGUCAUUUUCCACUUCUGACACAUCCAUUUGUAGCUUAGCUUUGUAAUAUACUAACAUAAUCAAGCAGCUUGAAAUUCUUGUUAA